CCAUCAUAACAUUACAGGCACACGUCCACAGCAAAUGUGAACAGUGGAUCGGUCGACCGGACCCUGGCGAGCUUGUGCCCCGUAUAACAUACAUGCACCAAGUACCGUUUCCCGUGAGCUGGCCAUCUCUUUGCAUGCUCUAGAUAUAGCGUACAUUGCCUUGACUGCCACAGGCCAGGGGCGCGGGCCACGUUGAUUAAUAUUUCUGGCCAGCUGAUUGUGUACAGCGCUUUUAUGCCAGUCUCAUUUUGACCAGUAUACGUUCGGUAUUUUCAGUAUUUUGAUAACUAGAAAAUGGAGGACGAAGAAGAGAUAAACUUGGAAGACACUUUCGAUAUCACACAUGAGCUUGAAAAUCCCAAUUCACCGUUUGCGAAUGUCCAAGAUCGUGAAGAUGGAAACGAUGUUGCACCCGAUCUUCUCGCAGAUGGGUUCAAAUCGGAGACGGAAGAUGAUUCGCUUGGGAUGGAUUCUUCUGACAUGUCUGAUCAAAUGAGAAAUGAAGGAGGAAGCAGAACCUUCAUGCAAAGCGUUGGAGUUGGUGUCGUUUUUAUUCAGUGUUAUUUCGUGACAAUUGCUUGCAUCUUAGGAACAGGCAUCCUCGGAUUACCGGUGACUCUGUCUCAUUCUGGCUUCCUCCCGUUUCUCGUCUCAUUUCUCAUUGGCUUUGUUGUUCAGGCCCUACUCAUCUACUUCUUCAUCGAUGUGCUACAGAGAGCUCAUGCAUACAACAUUGAGAAACAUAAAUGUCUGAGUUUUGAGGAGCAGCAAGUCCCACUCACAAAUUUCACUGAAAAUGAAGAAUCAAACCACGGUUCUUCUAAGGGCAGCUCAAGACACUCGCUGCGUAGGAUAGCGAGAAAAGUGGCCACACCAAACCUUCAUAUGAUGGGCACGUUGUUUCUAGGGCGUGGUCUUAGCCAAGCAUUUGAUGUCAUUCUCCUCUUACAGUUUGUUUCAAUCUUAAUCAGCUAUGCACUGGCUGGGAGUGAAGCUUAUGCACAACUUCUUCAUAUUGAAAAGUACCUGUACAUCAUCCCAGCCUUUGUGUGGAUUCUCUCUGCAGGCAUUGUGUUUGCCCAGCGUAUCAUUCAACCUGUCGUCUCUCUCUUCACGUUAGCUAAAGGGGGUCUACUUGUUGCAACAGUUGUGGUAACAUUUGGUGUUGGAUCAGCUGUGGGUAACACUAUAACCAAUGACUUUCACUACAUGGGUUCACCAUUCCUGAUGGGGACAGUAGCUUUAGGGGGUGUGUGCAAUGUAAUGCCGAUGAUGUACAGCAGAAUAGCGUAUUCAAGAAAACAGAUUUCUUCAUUUUGGUGGACUGUGUUUGCAGGCCUUGCUACAUGCAUGAUCCUCAAUGUCUUGUGGUGUUGGGCUGUGUUAGACAUAGUACCUCAACUGAGUAGCUGUACAACUCAUAUAACAGAAGAAGUCCUUGUUCAAGAAAAUACCACCGAAGUUAAUGUAUUCACAAGUCCAUCGGUUUCACCAUGUGUCGAAGAUUUAUCCUUAGAAAGAUCUGCCAAACAAGGAGAAAUAUCAACUGUUCCAUUGAUAGAGAUCUUAGAAGAUGAUUACCCACAAUACACCUGGGUGGCUAUACUGGUGGAACUCUUUAUCAUGAUCAGUAUUACAGUAUCAUACCUCACUAUAGGAUCAGCCAUGUUACAUUCAUUUCUAGGUUGGCUGGAUGCCCACAUGGCCUGGGAUAAAGUUGAUAAAGGAAACACUGUCCCAGCAAAAGUUAAAUACUGCCCGAAAAGGAUAUGCAGACCUCUGUUGAGUCUUCUUGUCUUUGGUUUAGUGUUUGUGGUAGCUAUGUUAGAUCCAAAGGGUUUUGUAACCAUGCUUGAUAAGAUUGCUUCUCUUCUUCUCAACUUGGAGGCUGGUCUUUUCAUCUUUCUUAUGAUCAGAAGGAGCAACUCAGCUAAAUAUAGGAGUCUGAUAAUCCCAUACCCUGUCCAUCGGUACAUCUACCCAACUCAUUACAUCAUCGCUAUCUAUUUCCUGUUUGCUGUCAUCUAUGACAUCACAGUGAUAGCCAUUGAAUGGUUCACAUGAAACUUUUAAUCACGUAAACUUUCAAAUGUGAACAGGUUUCUGUCAUAUAUGACAUGACAGUGAUAUCCAUUGAAUGGUUCACAUGAAACUUUUCAUCUCGUAAACUUUCAAAUGUGAACAGUUUUCUGUCAUCUAUGGCAUGACAGUGAUAGCCAUUGAAUGGUUCACAUGAAACUUUUCAUCUCGUAAACUUUCAAAUGUGAACAGUUUUCUGUCAUCUAUGGCAUGACAGUGAUAGCCAUUGAAUGGUUCGCAUGAAACUUUUAAUCACGUACACUUUCAAAUGUGAACAGGUUUCUGUCAUCUAUGACAUGACAGUGAUAGCCAUUGAAUGGUUCACAUGAAACUUUUAACCACAUACACUUUCAAAUGUGAACAGGUUUCUCUCAUAUAUGACAUAAAAGUGAUAGCCAUUGAAUACUUAUGAAUAUUCAUCAGGUUAACUAUCAAAUGUUUAAACAUAUAGGACCAUGUCAUAUAUGACAUGACAUGACAGUGACGGCCAUUGAAUGGUUCACAUGAAACAUCACAUAAAAUUUCCAAUGUAAACAGGGUUCUAUCAUCUAUGACUUCACAGUGAUGGCCAUUGAAUACUUAUCAUGAAAUUUGACAGGUAAUUUUUUAAAUAUGAAAGGACCACUGUCAAGUUCGAAGUUUAAGAUAUGUAAAGAAUGGUAUUCAAGUUGACUAGAAUCAGGGGCCAGUUUCUCGAACCCGUCAUAAGUCUAAGUUCAUGGAUAUCCCAUAGAAACCUGUGUUAAUUCUAUAACACAACACGUUUCAACAGGAUGCCUAAAAAGUUAGAUUUAUGACGGUUUUGAGACACAGCCCCAAGGUGUAAAGCUUUUAUAUGUUCACUGGUUCCCAGCACACAAGGUUAUUUUAGGAAUGGCAUCAAAGUUAACUUCAAUGGUUGCUUUCACAUAUGAAUAGGUCCUUAUUUGUGUGCCAAUACAUACAUAAAUGUACAUGUACAUGUAGACCACUGCUAGCUCACAGGGUGAUGUGUGAAAGGGCUGACCUUGGACAAAUUUUUUCAUUGUUAUAUUAUCAAUCAAUUAUAUUGGGCGUUUCUAGAAUCAGGUGUGAACAGCUGUCUCAAUUGUAAAGGGACCAAUGCUUCUGCAGUGGUUAUUUUUGAAGAAUGACAGUUACAUGUAAUAGCAAUAGCUUUUUUUUUAUUUUUUUUUAAUUAUUAUGUUUCUCUUUGAUUGUCUUUGUGCUUGCUCUGGACUACCAGUACUAUGGUAAAAGCCGAAUAAUGAUACUGUGAUACAUUCCAUAUUCCAAAAAGUCAACUUACAUUGAAAUGAUAAUCAUUGUUAAUGCAUGUAUUGAUAUUGUAUGUACUUUGUGAGAUCCUGUGAGAGUAGGGCUUUUUAUAAUUCCAUGUUAAGCAAUGGAUGCUUCACUGCCACCUAUUGGAAGACAAUUUUUGAAAUGAUUGUUGUUUUCGUAUCAUCAUUUUAGGGUGGGAUAGUUAAAUUGGAUCUUUAUCUUCAGUACAUUAAUAGGAAGUUGCAUACACAUACAUGUACAAUAUGAAUGAAUGGAACUCUGACCAGGGACCCAUGUUACAAAGCUUGUCAUCAGUGACAAAUGACAGUUUGUUUUAUAAGCUACUGAAAUCCUUCCUUCUGAUUGGUUAUCAACAUAUUUGUCACUGAUUUUUGUCAUUUGUCACUGAAAAAAAGCUUUGUGAAAUGGGCCCCAGGUGACUACUCGGGUCAUAGGUUAUGACACAAAUAUCUAGGAGACAAAAAGGUAGCAGUAAGCUUGUUUAUCUUUAAGACAUUCUGUUUUAUUGAUUCCAUAUGAAAAGCUUGAGUUUUAUGUGACUGAGAUGAUGACUAAAAUAUUGUCUGUGACUUGAUUGGUGCUAAUGUGCUUAAUAAUCUAUUUUGCAAAUGCUUAUAAUACUGCUUGUAUCAUGUUCAUGUAAUAGUGUUGACUUAAUAUAUUUAUAGAAAUAUGAUUAUAUGUUUAAUGUGAACUUAGUUGAGGGAGGGCUUUAGUUACUCACUUUGCUCUAGCAUUUGAUUGAUCGUGGGCAACUGUGCAUUGCAAUGUAAUCAUUUCUCAUUUACACUUCAAUUUUUGUGAGCACUUGCUUUUAGGGCAAUGUUGCAUUUCUUGUGCAAUAAUAAAUCUGUUUUGUAAACAUUAUUUUAUGGGCAGAGUAGCAAUGGAUCUGGUCUUCUAAGAUUGAAAUAUGCAUAGUUUAUUGUAACAAUUUUAUUUUAUUUUGUUUAUAUAUUUUUUUGGGGGGUGAUUGACUCUCAAUUUUCCUUUACUCACUUACUCUCCGUUGUAAGAUUUGUUUGUUUAAUGUGUACUUGUAAGUCAUCCACAUUAUGUGUGGACUUUUUGUAUGGCGAUAGUUACUUAAGACAUCUAAUGAUAACCUAGAAAAAAGCAUUCUGUGUCAUUGUGAUUGAAAGUAUAUAUUAUCAGAGUUUUCUUAGAAGUCAAUCCAACUUAUGGCUUCAUUAUGAAUGCUUCCGAAGUUUAUACGUUGUUGAUGGUUAGAUACAUGCUAUGAUAGAUGUUAUUAUUCUCAAGUUAUAGUUUGCUUCAGUUUUUAGAACCAAUGGAUUUACCCAAAUAUGUUAUCAAUGCUUGUGAACCAAGUAGUGACAUUGCAAUCAACUAUAAGUCUGUGCAUUUUUUUUUUUAAAGGUUUAAUGCUGAUUUUAGUAUUAAACAACAAAAAAUGAAAACAUAGUUCUACAAAACAUGUAAAGAGAGUAGAACAUAUGUAUGGUCUGACAUAUUUGUUGUAGAUUCCAGCCCUAGUUAUCUCUGGCCAAGUAUUCAUCAGGUUUAAUGUAUAUGGAUGUUAUUUCAUUCGUUAUGAUAAACUGUAUGUUUAAUACUGUUGACAUUAUGUGAGGUUUAAAAAUAUUGUGCGAGUCAGUAAUUUGUUUAUGGGCAGUUUAAUAGUCAAGUCAUACCCAACCACAUUGUUGACCUUCCUUCGUUUAUCAUGUCAGUCAUGUCGAAAUGCUGAAGCAGUACACGUGUGUAACAUUUUCCAAUAGAGAUACAACUAUGUGUAGCCAAAUUAUAUGCUUGUACAUUUAUUUCAUUGAAGACAGUUAUAUAUUAUAAUGUUGAGAAGUACUUGUAUAUAUGAUUAUUUUGUGGUAUAUAUUCUGUAUCAAAUAAAUAUAAAUAUUGAUCAUGUC